GGUGACAACAUUGAUGUUAACCGUACAGGACGGAUUUAGCAUGAGAACUGGUCAAUUUUACAUAAAAAAUAAUCAGAAACCAUAUCCUUAAUUAAUAGCAAGUACAAUACGGGUAUCAACUUAGUACAACAAGGACUAAUAAUCUUGUUGCCCUUGUUGAAUUAAUCACUUGAGCAAUCUGGUUUGAAUAAAACUGAUAAAACAGAAGGAAAGUUAGUAACAAUUUGUGAUGGAAGAUUUGUACCAUGUCAGUUUCACUACAGAUGACAAUUCUAGUUCAUCCAACGACAUUUUGUGGUGUACUGAGGAACUGAAUGAAUUGAGAAAGGUCCAAUUUUCGGGAGCAGAAGAUCAUGGAGAGUAUGGGGGAAUUGACCCACUUUACUCUAAUUUUGGGUUCUUCCCAGAUGAUCCAUCAGAACAAGAAGGGUACCUUCUAUCCACUGAUCAACAAAAGUAUCACCAGCAAGUGCAACCAUCAUACCAUGAUUAUGGACAAUUGGAUGAUAACCUUCAGUUUGACAUGGUAUCUCUACCACUCCAAUUUGAUGCUCAAUAUCCAACCAUGGUUCCACUAUGUCACACAACAAAGGACAAGCCAAACUCAAACUCAAACACCCCUUUAGCCUCACUUGACAUCUUGAACAACUAUGGCAAGGGCUUCAAGAGGUUACGCAAUGAAGACAAAACCCUGAAGCAAGUUGAUGAUGUGGCUAUGGCCACAACAAAUGAGGGUAUUAUGAGAAAGCUCUCGACAGAAGAUGUCAUGAGGAUAGCUGGGACAAGGUUCAUCCAAUCAUCAUCAUCAGAGUCGGAAUCUUUGCCUUUCUUGGAAACUCACCCUUUUGGUAUUUACUUCUCUGGACUCUCUAAUGAGGAGAAAGAGGAUGUGGAACUUGCUGAGUCCCUCUUGGCUUGUGCCGAGAAAGUUGGCCACCAACAGUUUGAACGUGCAAGCAAAUUGCUGAGUCGUUGCGAAUCAUUAUCUUGCAAAACGGGGAGUCCAGUUAGGCGUAUUGUUCAUUACUUUGCAGAGGCACUUCGCCAGAGGAUAGAUAGAGCAACAGGAAGAGUUUCAUACAAGGAUUUGCAAAAGGGUCCUUCAUUUGAUCCUUUAGAGGCAACCAAGGUACUAAACCCCACUGUUGUUGCAUUUUAUGAAGAGCUUCCCUUUUGUCAAAUUUCUGUGUUCACAGAAGUUCAAGUUAUAAUAGAAGAUGUUGCUGAAGCAAAGAAGAUUCAUGUUAUUGAUCUUGAGAUCAGAAAGGGGGUGCAGUGGACUAUCCUAAUGCAAGCCCUUGAGUCAAGACAUGAAUGUCCAAUUGAGCUUCUUAAGAUAACCGCUGUAGAAAGUGGAACCACUAGACACAUAGCUGAGGACACUGGUGAGAGACUAAAGGAUUAUGCUCAAGGUUUGAACAUACCCUUCUCUUACAACAUUGUUAUGGUAUCGGAUAUGUUACAUCUAGGAGAAGAUGUUUUUGAGAUUGAUCCUGAGGAAACAAUUGUUGUUUAUUCUCAUUUUGCACUUAGAACCAAGAUUCAAGAAUCUGGCCAGCUUGAAAUCAUGAUGAGAGUGAUUAGAAUCUUGAAUCCUAGUGUGAUGGUGGUAGCUGAAAUUGAGGCAAACCACAAUUCUACAUCUUUUGUAAACCGUUUCAUUGAGGCUCUUUUCUUCUUUAGCACAUUCUUUGAUUGCCUUGAGACUUGUAUGAAAGGGGAUGAGGGGAAUCGAAUGAUUGUAGAAUCCCUAUACUUCAGUCAUGGAAUAAGGAAUAUUGUGGCUGCAGAAGGAGCAGAAAGAGAUAGUAGGAGUGUGAAGAUUGAUGUGUGGAGGGCCUUCUUCUCCCGCUUUGGAAUGGUGGAGAAAGAAUUGAGCAAAUUGUGUUUAUUUCAAGCGGAUUUGGUGGCUAAAAGAUUUCCUUCUUAUAGCACGUUUGAUAAGAAUGGGCAUUGCCUUCUUAUUGGGUGGAAAGGAACACCAAUCAACUCUGUUUCUGUCUGGAAAUUUCUUUGACGGUUAGCUAGUGCAACAAGGUUUUAAAAAUUGAUCCAUGACCGUGAUUUUUGGCUACACCAUAAAGGAUUUUGGUGGUUCUCUGUGACC